CCGCCUAGAAGUGACUUCUCCAAAAAGUGUCUUAGUUCCUAGUCACCUGAGCUCGCGGCGACUCGGCUGCGGUAGUUUCGCGGGUACACGCCCUCCGCGGGUCCUGCCUGGCGACCCUGCCCCUCUCCCCCUGGCCCUUCAAUCCUCCACCCCGAACCCGCCAAGGGCCUGUCCUUUUCCUCUGUCCUUUCCCUGUCUCGGGCCGGACCGGGCCAAGCCGGGCCGCCAGGGCGCGGUCCCUGACCAUGGCGUCCCUCUUCAAGAAGAAAACCGUGGAUGAUGUAAUAAAGGAACAGAAUCGAGAGUUACGAGGUACACAGAGGGCUAUAAUCAGAGAUCGAGCAGCUUUAGAGAAACAAGAAAAACAGCUGGUAAGUAGAACAUUAAAUUUCAGUUGUUUCCUCUCUUCCCUUAAACUGUCAGAAGAUUUUUGGGCUUCUUCUUUCAUUAAGCUUAAUUGCUUUGUUCCCUCCUUUCCCCAUCCCCCAGUCAAUGAUACGCUUGAUGACAUCUUUGAGGGCUCUGACGAUGAAGAAGAAAGCCAGGAUAUUGUGAAUCAAGUCCUUGAUGAAAUUGGAAUUGAAAUCUCUGGAAAGAUGGCCAAAGCUCCAUCAGCUGCCCGAAGCUUACCAUCUGCCUCUACUUCAAAGGCUACAAUCUCCGAUGAAGAGAUUGAAAGGCAACUCAAAGCUUUAGGAGUAGAUUAGUCAAAAAAAGUCAUAAUAUUUUUGCUUAUGUAUAAACCAGGCACAGUGCAGAUUCCUUUUACAAAACACAUUUAUUUUGCAAAAAUAAAGAACGUGAUUGAACAGUUGUUUCCUAACCCAUGGCUAUUUUGAAUCUUUUGCCAAAGAAUGACAAUGAAGCAAAAAUGGGAACAGUUUGGAUUUUAAUUAGAACUAUUUAGGAGUGAUGAUGUGUAAAAAGUUGACUUCUUUUCUGCAUGGCACAGAGAAAUUAUAUUCAUUACUUAGUGUCAGUUUAUGUUCUAAAUCUUUUUAGACUGAAUAUAAAAAUCUUGUUAAAUGUCACUAGGCAUCAACUUAAAGAGACUUGUAAAAAUAUUAAAAAUAUAUCAUUAAUUCUGU